CCGCCAACGAACUAACGAAGAAGAUGAUCCGUCAGACAUAUGUUGUUCAGGCAGCGUUAGCUUGCUAAUGCUGGAUCAUAAUCGUGGAUACUGUUAAUUAAACCUAUAAUUAAGGGUUAGAGGUUCGUUUCAUAGGUGAGUUGAACUUUCGUUUCAUUUUGUGUUGAUACGCUGAAGAACGAUUGCGUAUAUCUAAGAAGUGGCUCAUUGGUCCAACUUUAGCCCCAGGUCACCAUCAUGGGUGAACCACAGCAGGUGAGUGCCCUGCCCCCACCACCGGUGCAGUAUAUAAAGGAGUACACGGAUGAAAACAUUCGCAAAGGUCUGGCCCCCAAACCUCCUCCACCCAUCAGAGACAGCUAUAUGAUGUUUGGCAACCAGUUCCAAUGCGAUGACCUCAUCAUCCGGCCCUUGGAGAGCCAAGGCAUCGAGCGGCUCCACCCCAUGCAGUUUGACCACAAGCGGGAGUUGAAGAAGCUCAACAUGUCCAUACUGGUGAACUUCCUGGACCUGCUUGACAUCCUCAUCAAGAGUCCCGGCAGCUUGAAGCGGGAGGAGAAGCUGGAGGACAUUAAGCUGCUGUUUGUUCACAUGCACCACCUCAUCAACGAGUACCGACCACACCAGGCCAGGGAGACUCUGAGAGUGAUGAUGGAGGUGCAGAAGAGGCAGCGGCUGGAGACAGCCGAGCGGUUCCAGAAACACCUUGAGAGGGUGGUGGAGAUGAUCCAGGGUUGCCUGGCAUCUCUGCCCGAUGACUUGCCCCAAAUUGAGGGCCCAAACGGGGUAGGUGAGGGAGCAAAGAACGCGUCUGGAGCCGUCAUAGUCAGUGGCUCGGGCCAGGCGCCCAGACUUGCAUCGGAACCUAUGGACGUAGAAGAGGCCGGGGCGAGUUCUAUGGCAGCUAGUCAGCUUGACAAGAGAACGACAGGCUCUAGGGUGGACAAAGUGUGGGACAAAGACGCUGCUAUGUGCAGUAUCAUAGAUGAGAUUGCUUGAAUCUUGUGUUGAUUGGCUGUGUGUGAGCAAUGCUGUUUUCUUUGUUUGGUGACGUCUGUAUAUAGAAUUUAAGUCUUUGGAUUAUUUGUUUCCUGUCCGUUUUUAUUCCUGUAUUUUCCUUUUUAUAACAUUAGAGGUUACCCAGUUAUCAUCCAAAACAUACUGUAAUAUUUUGAGAUAUUUCAGUAGAUUUCUUUAUGGCUGUGAAGUGGUACCAGGUCCUGGCAGCAACUCUCCAAUAAAAGUACAUUUGUAAAUGAA